GACCACGCCCUCGCGCAGCCGGAGCGUCUCACAGGUGAGUGCGCGCACACAGACCGGACGGGCAGCGGGAACACGCACGGAGACACAUCGCCGUCGAGCACGAACCGAACAGCGACAUGAGAUGAUCAGUUUGAGAUCGGAUCCGGAUCGAUCGCGGCGGGAUAUAGACCAGGCUGACUUCACAUUGACCUGGUGAACAUUUACAACCAGAGCUCCAUGUCUAUAUAAAUAAAUGACAUCAACAAGCUGAAGACCCCGCUACUUUAUUUCCACCUAUCCACAGACAUUUCUGGUCCAGCCGGUCAUCUAUUACACCCUCACUGACGUCACGAUGGCUGCCAUAAACUUCAGUAAAAACGGCAUUUGCCACUACAAUGUGACAAAUGUUGAGUUCUUCUAUAAUCAGAGCAAGAAGAACAUCAGCGAUACCUGGAGGACCAAAGACAUUCUGGUGGUCUCCCUGGGACUGACUGUCUGUAGCUUUGUGAUUUUCGCCAACAUCCUGGUCAUGAUGGCCAUUUUCCUCAACCGCAGGUUUCAUUAUCCCAUAUACUACCUGCUUGGAAACCUAGCGGCCGCGGACCUGUUCGCCGGCAUAUCCUACAUGUAUCUGAUGUUCCACACCGGCCCAUGGACCAAAAAACUGAGUGUAUAUGAGUGGUUUGUGCGACAGGGUUUAAUAGACACCAGUCUGACAGCGUCAGUCAUCAAUCUAAUGGCCAUAGCUCUGGAGAGACAUCAGACCAUCUUCACCAUGCAACUGCACAGUAAAAUGACCAACCACAGAGUCGUGCUGCUUAUUAUCGGCAUCUGGCUCAUUGCCAUAGUUAUGGGAUUGGUGCCUACUAUGGGAUGGCACUGUGUGUGUAACAUUAGCCGAUGCUCAACCAUGGCGCCGCUCUACAGCCGCAGUUACCUGAUUUUCUGGGCCAUACUGAAUCUCUUGGCGUUCACGGUCAUGGUGGCCGUCUACACUCGGAUCUUCAUCUAUGUCCGACGCAAGAACCAUCGGAUGAGCAAGCACACCUCACAGGUCAAGCACAGGGAGACGGUGUUCAACCUCAUGAAAACUGUCAGCAUGAUAUUGGGUUGCUUUGUGAUCUGUUGGACACCUGGUCUGGUGCUUCUCUUACUGGACGGUCUGAAAUGUGUUAAUUGUGACGUCCUGACGUAUGAAAAGUACUUUCUGGUAUUGGCCGAGUGUAACUCCUUCAUGAAUCCCAUCAUCUACUCCUACCGGGACAAAGACAUGCGCAACACCUUCAAACGUAUCCUCUGCUUCCCGUGUCGACGUCACGAGAGGGGGGAGCACUCUGGCGUUCGCUUCAACACCCUCGAUCAAGAGCGGAGACGUCGUGUGCUGCAGGACUCUUGGCUUGCUCGUAGGUUGCGUGAUGGUGAGGCCGUUGACCAGGUUAAUGGAGUACAGGUUGUGCUUAAGGAUGCUGAUAACAUCCUGGAGUCCACAGACAGUUAGGAAGGAUUCACCUGUCAUCAUGUUGAACAGAUGAGAUUUUUGGAUGCCCAUCUGCUGCAGUCUUGUGAUAUUUAAUGGACUGUCAAUCAAGUAUCUUAAGGAAAGCUGCCUCGUGUGUCCAGUCUGGAAAUGACACUGUACAGAUACUGAAGUGUUAAUGUGUUCAUUUGAGCACGGUGUCUGUUGAAGUUUUUACUGUGAAUGCAUUGAUUUUGUAUAUAGAUAUUAAUUUAAAGUUUUACUGCAGAAUUGUUUUAAAUGCAUUGUCAAAGCCCUACAUUCAGUGUGCACUGUAGCUUCUCAUUAAACUGAUACAAAAACAUU